GAGGGAGGCUCGGACCGCGGCGGCGGCGGCGGCGGCAGCGGCGGGGCCUGUCCAUGAGCGCGCGGCGGCCGCUCCCGCACCCGCUCUCCUUCUGCCUGCGUCUCAGCCUGUGCCUUGCCGCGGCGCAGGGCGCCGCACAGUCGGCUCUUGCUCCUGUUCUUUGCAUCUCGUUUUGUUGGUGAAGAUAGCACAGUGAUGUCUGCAUUCAACCUGCUGCACUUGGUGACCAAGAGCCAGCCAGUAGCCCUGCGAGCCUGUGGGCUUCCCUCAGGGUCAUGUAGGGAUAAAAAGAACUGUAAGGUGGUCUUUUCUCAGCAGGAACUGAGGAAGCGACUAACACCCCUGCAGUACCAUGUCACUCAGGAGAAAGGGACUGAAAGUGCCUUUGAAGGAGAAUACACUCAUCACAGAGAUCCUGGGAUAUAUAAAUGUGUUGUUUGUGGAACUCCACUGUUCAAAUCAGAAACCAAAUUUGACUCCAACUCAGGUUGGCCCUCCUUCCACGAUGUGAUCAGCUCGGAGGCAGUCACAUUGACAGAUGAUUUUUCCUAUGGGAUGCACAGGGUGGAGACAAGCUGCUCUCAGUGUGGUGCUCAUCUUGGGCACAUAUUUGAUGAUGGACCUCGCCCAACCGGCAAGAGAUACUGCAUAAAUUCAGCUUCCUUGUCUUUCACACCUGGAGACAGCAGCAGCGCAGAAGGAGAUGGCGGGGCCAGCAGUGCAGCCCAGGCAGAUAAAGCUGAGCUGUAGAGCAAUGGAGAGCGGUGGAAACAAAGUGUACUUAAUGCACAGCUUAUUAAUAGCAUCAAAAUUGUU